AUGUUUGCUGCAUUGUUGGCGGGGCAAAUAGUUCAAUCCAAUUUUGUGGAAGUUUCUCCAGGCAAAUUAUUACUGAGUUUACCUCCACUGGGAAAAAACAACCACAUCGUGGUCUUUCUAACAGGGCAAGCGCCUUUGCCCGCUGGUAUCGGGGCAGGAGUGCAUUUCGGUUUAAUUGAAAAUGGCUUACCAACUUGGAGCUACCUCGGGUUCCUUUCAAAUGAGCGCCCAAGUGCAAUUUUUAAGGUUUCUGGUCUAAAGCCAAGUGCCUUAAACCAAGUCAUCAAUCCAUUCCAAAAUAUAACCGGUGGUUCUUCCAAUGGACUUAUUACUGCACAGGUUGGUAUUUCUCUCGAGCCUAUGGCUGAUUUGCUCGGUCAAACUCCGGCUGUUGGGAGCGCUACCGAUUUGGUGAAGGUCGAUGACAACAUGAAGUUCACACAAUUUGCGGCGCAAAACUUAUUUAACUUCGCGGCUGGCUGUGCGCGGGAAGUACCAGGAACCUCCGAGGCUUAUGUUCCUCUAUCGUCUAUACAACGGUGGUUUGAAACAAUUCAGAGAAAAUUGUCACUUGAUCCAAACUUUUGGAAAAAAUAA